AUGUCUUCUUCGCGUUCCACUUCCAUCCCGCAUCGCUCUUCGAUCUCUUCUAACACGUCUUCACAACACUCUCAGUCCCAGUCCCAGUCGCAGUCGCAGCCGCAGCCGCAGUCGCAGUCGCAUUCUCAGCAGGGAAGCCGUCAACAGCCCCCACAACUCACCGCACAGCAGCUCGCUGAGCGAGUGAUUUCGCCCGCCUCGGUGCUGUUUCAAGGCACCACUGCCCCUCCUCCUGCGAGAACAAACGUGCAAGAGCGUAGAUCCUACACAGACAUGGAUCGGAGGCAUCCCAGUUCGUUCCAGCAGUUGGAGAAGUUAGGUGAAGGAACAUACGCCACCGUCUACAAGGGCCGGAACCGACAGACGGGCGAGCUGGUCGCUCUCAAGGAAAUCCAUCUCGAUUCGGAAGAGGGCACGCCUUCGACCGCCAUUAGAGAAAUCAGUUUGAUGAAGGAGCUCAAGCACGAGAAUAUCGUCACGCUGCACGAUGUCAUUCACACGGAGAACAAGCUCAUGCUGGUUUUCGAGUACAUGGACAAGGACCUGAAAAAGUACAUGGACGCACGGGGAGACAGGGGCCAGCUCGACCAUGUCACCAUCAAGCGAUUCAUGCAGGAUUUACUACGAGGCACCGCAUUCUGCCACGAGAAUCGGGUCCUCCACCGCGACCUCAAGCCUCAAAAUUUGCUCAUCAAUACCAAGGGGCAGUUGAAGUUGGCCGAUUUCGGCCUGGCAAGAGCAUUCGGGAUCCCCGUCAACACCUUCUCGAACGAAGUGGUCACACUGUGGUACCGAGCGCCAGACGUUCUGCUCGGAUCGCGGACCUACAACACCAGUAUUGACAUCUGGUCCGCCGGAUGCAUCAUGGCAGAGAUGUACACUGGCCGACCGCUUUUCCCCGGCACCACGAACGAAGACCAACUACAGAAGAUUUUCAGGCUAAUGGGCACACCCUCGGAGAGGACGUGGCCCGGCAUUUCUCAGCUGCCUGAAUACAAGAGCAACUUCCCCUCAUACGCCACUCAGUCGUUAGCCAUUCUUCUACCACAAAUCGACCAACUGGGGCUAGAUCUCUUGGGAAAAUUGUUGCAGCUCAGGCCGGAGAAUAGGAUCAGCGCACAGGAUGCGCUGCGCCACCCGUGGUUUUCUGAUCUGCCCAACUAUGCGGGACACGGUAGACCCCAUGUCAGUUCAACUCUGCAGCAACCUGCGCAGUUAGGACACCAGGGCGGAGUUGCUGGAGGAUACGGCGCCCAACCAGGUCUGGUAGGCCCUGGGGGCUACUGA